AUGUUUUACACAAGUCGAAUGUGGAGCUGUCAUUGGAAAUGGAAGCUGCAGCCUCUUCUGGCCCUUCUUACUAUAUAUGCUGUUUGUGUGCAUCAUUCAGUUUGGGGGUGUGCCAACUGCAGGGUGACGCUCUCCAGCCCUUCUGGGACUUUUACCUCUCCGUGCUACCCCAACGAAUACCCAAACAGCCAGGUUUGCAUGUGGACACUCCGAGCUCCAACUGGAUACAUCAUUCAGAUAACAUUUAAUGAUUUUGAUAUUGAAGAAGCUCCCAAUUGCAUUUAUGAUUCAUUAUCCCUUGACAAUGGAGAAAGCCAGAAUAAAUAUUGUGGAGCAACUGCCAAAGGUUUAUCAUUUAACUCAAGUGCGAAUGAGAUGCAUGUGUCCUUUUCAAGUGAUUUUAGCAUCCAGAAGAAAGGCUUCAAUGCCAGCUAUAUCAGAGUUGCUGUGUCCCUGAGGAAUCAGAAAGUCAUUAUUCCCCAGACCACAGAUGCUAACCGGGUGUCUGUUGCAAAACUGUCUCGUCCAGAACUCAGUGCAUUCACUGUGUGCUUCGAAGCAACGAAAAUUGGCAAUGAAGACAAUGAUUGGAUAGCUUUCUCCUACUCAGAUGCUUUAUCAACACAAUUAUUGAGCUUUGAGGCCAAAACAGGGUACUUCCUCUCUAUCUCUGGUGUGGAAUGCUUGCUAAACAAGGUGUUAUCGGUAGUCAAGGAAGACAUUUUCACAGAAAACUUUGAACAACUGUGCCUAACUUGGAAUAUCUUAGGCUCUGUCAGCGUGAAUUUCAAAAGGAGUUAUGAAACAGUUAUAUGCAAUUCUACCAUUAGCAAGGUUAUUCCUGGGAAUGGGAAAUUGCUGCUGGGCUCCAACCAAAAUGAAAUAGCCUCUUUAAAAGGGGACAUUUACAACUUUCGUCUUUGGAAUUUUACCAUGAAUUCCAAAACUCUGUCCAACCUCAGCUGUAAUGUGAAAGGGAACGUUGUCGACUGGCAAAAUGAUUUUUGGAAUAUCCCGACCUCAGUUCUGAAAGCUGAAAACAACCUAAGUUGUGGUUCAUACCUGAUUCCACUGCCAGCAUCAGAACUCACUAGCUGUGCAGAACUGGGAACUCUUUGUCAAGAUGGCAUAAUUUACCGGAUUUCGAUGAUUAUUCAAAACAUUCUACGUCAACCUGAGGUGAAAGUACAGAGCAAGGUUGCAGAAUGGCUCAACUCUACUUUUCAAAAUUGGAAUUAUACAGUCUAUGUGGUCAAUAUCAGUCUUCAUCUGAACACUGGAGAAGAGAGGAUAAAAGUCAAAAGAAGUAUUGAAGAUGAUCAAAGGUUGAUGAUUUUGGCCCUUUUAGUUACUAACAGUGUCAGCUUGGAAGUCCAACACAUUCAGCAGAAACUCAUAGAAAGGAAUGAAUCUUUAGGUGAUGGCUUGAGGUUAUACACUGUCAGUGUGAAGCAAAUUGGCACAUGUCCAGAAAAUGAACAACCUGAAGGCUAUAAAUGGUUAACCACAAAACCAGCUGUCCAGAUUCAUCGAUGUAAAGGGAAACCUGGCUAUUUUGCAUCACGAACUUGCCACCAGGAUACCACAAACAAAACCUACUGGGGACCUCCUGAUUUAACAAAUUGUACUGGAAUAACGAAUGAAAUAGCUAAUGAGCUUCUAAAUUUCACUAGUGAAGGACAGACCCUCACCUCAGCCAACAUAACCAGUAUUGUGGAGUACCUCAAAAAAAUUGUGAAUAAUGAAGAAAACAUUGAUAUAACUUUAGGCUCAACUGUAAUGACCAUAUUUUCCAAUAUCUUAACUAGUUCAGACAAUGAUUUGCUGGAAUCUUCUUCUGAGGCUUUAAAAACAAUUGAUGAGUUGGCUUUUAAGAUAAAGCUAACUAACGAAGUACCUGUGAACAUUACAACUCGAAAUCUGGCUCUUGGGGUGUCAUCUCUGACCCCAGAGACAUAUGAAGGCUCAACUUUCAGUAUUGGUCUCCCAAAUAGUAAUGAUUCAUAUUUCCAGAUGGAUUUUGAGGCAGGUCAAGUGAAUUCUUUGGCUUCUGUCAUUUUGCCUCGAAGUUUACUUAUGAAUUUAAGUAAGGAAGAAUCUGAAUUGGUUAAAAGAGCUCAAUUUACUUUCUUCAACAAAACUGGACUUUUUCAGGAUGUAGAAACUCAACGAGACAAACUGGUGAGCUAUGUGAUGGCGUGCAGUAUUGGAAACAUUAGUAUCCGGGAUCUUCAGGAACCUGUCCAGGUUAUAAUCAAACAUACACGAAACCAGGUACUCCAUCCCAUCUGUGUGUUCUGGGAUUUGAAUAAAAACAAAGGUUUUGGUGGCUGGAACACAUCAGGCUGUGUUGCACACAAAGAUUCAAAUGAAAGUGAGACAGUGUGCUUGUGUAACCACCUCACUCACUUCGGGGUUCUCAUGGACCUUCAAGGAACUGCUUCACAGGUAGAUACCCGAAACACUAAAGUCCUGACCUUUAUUACCUAUAUUGGCUGUGGAGUUUCUGCCAUAUUUUCAGCUGCAACUCUCCUAACAUAUGUUGCUUUUGAAAAACUACGGAGGGAUUAUCCCUCCAAAAUCUUGAUGAAUCUUAGUACUGCCCUAUUGUUUCUAAAUUUAAUAUUCCUCCUUGAUGGUUGGAUCACCUCUUUUGACAUUGAUGGACUCUGUGUAGCUGUUGCAGCCCUUUUGCAUUUUUUCCUUCUGGCAACCUUCACGUGGAUGGGAUUAGAGGCAGUUCACAUGUACAUUGCUCUGGUUAAAGUAUUCAAUACUUACAUUCGCCGGUACAUAUUGAAAUUCUGCAUCAUUGGCUGGGGUUUGCCUGCUCUGGUGGUAACAGUUGUUCUAGCAAGUAGAAAUACAAAUGCAAAUGAAAUAUAUGGAAAAGGAAGUUAUGGCCAAGAUGUCAAGGGACAAGGCAGUGAGUUCUGUUGGAUCCAGGAUCCAGUGGUGUUUUAUGUGACCUGUGCUGGUUAUUUCGGAGUCAUGUUUCUCUUGAAUGUUGCUAUGUUCAUUGUGGUAAUGGUGCAGAUCUGUGGGAGGAAUGGGAAAAGGAGCAACAGGACCCUUCGAGAAGAGAUUCUGAGGAACCUCCGGAGUGUGGUUAGCCUCACCUUUCUGUUAGGCAUGACGUGGGGCUUUGCCUUCUUUGCUUGGGGACCCUUAAACGUUGCUUUCAUGUACCUCUUCUCCAUCUUCAAUUCAUUACAAGGAUUAUUUAUAUUUGUAUUCCACUGUGCUAUGAAAGAGAAUGUUCAGAAACAAUGGAGAAGACAUCUGUGCUGUGGAAGAUUUCGUUUGGCAGACAACUCAGACUGGAGUAAGACAGCCACUAAUAUCAUCAAGAAAAGUUCAGAUAAUCUGGGGAAGUCAUUGUCAUCAAGCUCCAUUGGCUCCAACUCGACCUACCUUACAUCCAAAUCUAAAUCCAAUUCCACUACAUACUUCAAAAGAAACAGCCAUCCUGAGAGUGUUUUUGUGGACAAAUCCUCAUCAAAGCUUACCCAUCUGGAUGGAGAACAGACAUCAAUCAUCCCUGUCCAUCAGGUCAUUGACAAGGUCAAGGGUUACUGCAGUGCUCACUCUGACAACUUCUACAAAAACAUCAUCAUGUCAGACACUUUUGGCCACAGCACAAAGUUUUAAUUGGGUUUUGUUAAAAUAAUAGAAAUCAGCUCCAAAUAGAAACCUACAAGCAAAGCAAAGAGGACUGCCAGAUGUAAAUGUGCCAUUACCUAGGUAACACUAUACAUUGGAAAGAUAUGUUUUUUUUUUUAAAUUACAAAUACUAUUGUGAAAUUUACAAUGGAACUCAUCUGUGCCUUUCCCCCAUGUUGGAAUCUUCCACCAUCCCCUAAACCUCAGCUCUCUGACAGCAACAUGACUCAGUAGCCACAGGGUACAUUAUGUAUUUUUAUAGCUGAAUCACACCAAUCAGAACUGAAGAAUAUUUAAAAGCCAAAGGACAAGGAAAAAAACAGGAGUCAAAAAUUGAUCCCAAUAGAGAACUUGUACUGAUGGUGAGUUGUUUUGGACAUCAUCGUUUGCUACAUAUUCUUCCUCUACAUUGAAGGGAACAUGAAUUUUCAUCACCAUAUGUGGCUUUAUCUCUCUAAGCCCUCCCCCAGUACUCAUUCCCUAUUUCCUUUGUGCCUGGCUUGUAGGUGAAAUUUCAAGCAGAUAAAAAUAUAAUUUUAAUUCUCUGAUCCAAAGAUUACAAAGGAGCAUUUAUUAGUUUAUUUUUAACUACAUCAAAGCUGAUUGUUUAACACUUUAGUUUCUUAAGUGAGAGUACAUUUUCACCAACAUCUAUACCCUUAUCAACAUCACGCUAAAUUUCUGCGAUGUUUCACAGUUUCUGUACAUGUAAUAUAUAAACAACCAUCAGACAAUAUAAUGUAAGCAUUGCAAAUUAAAGACAUAUCAGGGUUCACAUUUUUACCAGUACAUUCCUCCUAGAGGGUACCAAACAGCUCAAUUAAGACACCUUUUUCUCCCUUUUAAAUUAUAAUUGGGGAUGCCUAGGGGCACGAUGAUUCCAUCUGUUGACACAGCUGCCCCCAUUUUAAG